GAACCCUGCUCUGAUGGUGGGGUGGCUCUGCAGACGGGUGCAGGUCUGAGGCCCCGCGGUAUGGCCCUUCCUGCUGUGUGGCCUUGGACCGACGGUCAGGUGCCCCCAGAGCCUCCGUUUCCCCAUCCCCGUUCCCCCAGGGGUCAGCCCAGGUGGGCGAGGGGUCUUUUGAUUGCUUGACAAUUCAGUAUGGUGGGUUCCGGAGGCCUCAGUGUUCCUGUCUGUCCAAUGCGGCCACGAAAGGGUGCCUUGAGGACAAAACUCCAGCUGUUGACAGGGAAACACUCCUCCCAGAGAGACGUCAACGCUAAAAAAUGACUCACACUUGCCCAGGCCAUGGACACCUUCAGCACCAAGAGCCUGGCUCUGCAGGCGCAGAAGAAGCUCCUAAGUAAGAUGGCGUCCAAGGCAGUGGUGGCCGUGCUGGUGGAUGACACCAGCAGCGAGGUGCUGGACGAGCUGUACCGCGCUACCAGGGAGUUCACGCGCAGCCGCAAGGAGGCCCAGAAGAUGCUCAAGAACCUGGUCAAGGUGGCCCUGAAGCUGGGACUGCUGCUGCGUGGGGACCAGCUGGGCAGUGAGGAGCUGGCGCUGCUGCGGCGCUUCCGCCACCGGGCGCGCUGCCUGGCCAUGACGGCCGUCAGCUUCCACCAGGUGGACUUCACCUUCGACCGGCGCGUGCUGGCCGCCGGGCUGCUCGAGUGCCGCGACCUGCUGCACGAGGCCGUGGGCCCCCACCUGACCGCCAAGUCCCACGGCCGCAUCAACCACGUGUUCGGCCACCUGGCCGACUGCGACUUCCUGGCUGCACUCUACGGCCCCGCCGAGCCCUACCGCUCCCACCUGCGCAGGAUCUGCGAGGGCCUGGGCCGGAUGCUGGACGAGGGCAGCCUCUGAGCCCCGGGGCCGCCCGACCGCGCCCCUCACGCCUUUUGGGGCUCUCCUGCUGUGCGUGGGUGGGGUUUAUGGGUUUUUUUCCACCUCUUUUCUCCCAAUCGGACUCCGGCCAAACUCCCCUAGACAGGUGGGUGACCUGUCCCCUUUGAGAGGAUGCUGAGGCAUCUGUAGAAGCUGUUUCAAACAUCGAUGUCACCUCUCCUCCUGGCCCCCUACCCAGUGGGGAGAGGAAUUCGGGGCCCUACUCUGGGGACCACCUUCCACCCCGUAUGUACUUUCUGGGCCACACCGACCCCUGGGUCGCUUGAUGUAAAAGCCAAAUCUGCUGCUGCUUCCCACUUGAUCAUGUCGCCUGGGAUUUUCAUCCCCUCGCACAAGGACUAGGGGUUCACAUGGUGAACUGGGGGAAGGGGAGUGUUAGGGGACAAGUCGCAGCACCCCCCACCCCCGCCGUCCAUAAACUCACGUCCUAACCCCCAGGACCUCAGAAGAUGAUCUGAUUUGGAAAUAAGAUCAUUACAGAUGGAAUUAGUUC